AUGUAUAAAUUAAUUUUAAGUAUAUUUCUAAUUUUGUUUAUCAAAUGCGAAAUAUGUUAUACGUUAAGGGAAUAUAGUAAAGAAGAUAUAUUAAAGUUAAGAGAAGAAGUUAGAGAAAUGUUUCAACAUGCCUAUGACAGUUAUCUUCGUUAUGCAUAUCCAUAUGAUGAAUUGCGUCCCUUAAGUUGUGAUGGAAUAGACACCUGGGGAAGUUAUUCUUUAACUCUUAUUGAUGCCUUGGAUAUGCUGGUAAUUAUGGGCAAUUAUACAGAAUUUAAUAGAGUUGUUGACAUAGUGCUGGAAAAACAAAAUUUUGAUGCAGAUAUAAAUGUAUCAGUCUUUGAAACAAACAUAAGAAUAAUUGGAGGUUUACUUAGUGCACAUCUUUUAUCAUACAAAUCAGGUAUGAAGGUAGAACCAGGGUGGCCAUGCAAUGGACCUCUUCUCCGGUUAGCAGAAGAUGUAGCACAAAGGCUAAUUACAGCUUUUGAUACUAAAACUGGCAUGCCUUAUGGUACAAUCAAUUUAAGAUCAGGUGUGCCACCAGGCGAAACAAGUGUAACUUGUACAGCUGGUGUAGGAACCUUUAUUAUAGAAUUUGGGACAUUAAGUAGGCUCACAGGAGAUCCUUUGUAUGAAGAGGUAGCCCUCAAUGCAUUAAAGGCUUUAUACCAUCAUAGGUCUCCAAUAGGUCUUGUUGGUAAUCAUAUAGAUGUGAUGACAGGUCGUUGGACUGCACAAGAUGCAGGGAUAGGUGGUGGAGUUGAUUCCUACUUUGAAUAUUUAGUUAAAGGUGCGAUUUUACUUGAGAGACCAGAACUCAUGUCAAUGUUUAAUGAAGCAAGACAAGUGAUUGAUAAAUAUUUAAAGAAAGAUGACUGGUAUGUGUGGGCUACCAUGCUGAGAGGUCAUGUCACUUUGCCAGUGUUUCAGUCACUCGACUCUUACUGGCCCGGCUUGUUGAGUUUGAUUGGCGAGAGUGACACAGCCAUGCGUAUAAUACACAAUUAUCACAGUGUUUGGAAACAAUACGGUUUUACACCAGAAGUGUAUAACCUCGGUACAGGUGAAGCAUCCUCUUCAAGGGAAAGUUACCCUUUAAGACCAGAACUGAUAGAAUCAAUUAUGUACUUGUACAGAGACACUAGAGAUCCGAUAUUAUUGCAAAUGGGGGAAGAUAUAUUGAGAAGUAUACAGCAUAGUGCGAGAACACCUUGUGGAUAUGCCACGAUAAAAGAUGUUCGCGAUCAUCGUAAAGAAGAUCGCAUGGAGUCGUUCUUUUUAGCAGAAACGACCAAAUACCUGUACUUACUGUUCGAUCCCGACAACUUCAUUCACAAUCCCGGAGUCCACGGGACCGUAAUAAAUACACCUAAUGGUGAAUGUAUAGUGGACAUGGGAGGAUAUGUGUUUAACACGGAGGCCCAUCCCAUUGAUCCAUCUUUGUUGUAUUGCUGCCAUGAAGCUGGACAAGGCGUAAACUUGAGUGAGGUGCAUAGGAUUUAUCAAAUAUUAGAUGAAGAAGAUAACAUACAGUUCAUGACUAUGUUAGAUGCUUCCACUGAUAAUGUUACAAACGAAACUGUUGAUACAAGCGAAAACCAAUUACAAACUGAUAUAAAAAAUAGCACUGAAAGUGGAAAUGAAACAAAAAUACCAGUAAAAGAUAAAGACGAAGAAGGUCAGGUUUCAAUUAAAACGGAAACUAGAACAGGCUACGUUAAUAUCGACGGAACGGAGAGAGAAAAGAGUAAAAACGAAAGUCUCGGUGAUAUUUUAAAAGAACAUAUAAGUAAUUAUUAUAACAAAACAAAUAUUGAUGAAAAUAACAAAGAUACUGAAGAAUCUGUUAAUAAAUCAACACCGAAAGUAGAAGUGGAUGAUAUAACGAUUCCGUCAAGUGUUGAAGCUGAAAAAUUACAACCGCCGAGUGUUACCAAAGCGAAGGAAGUCAUGAAAAUAUUGCCAAAAGUUUGGCUCGAUUUUCUUACAAACGAUUGGGGAUUUAAAAAUAAAUGUGAACCACAACAUAUGUUGGAAAGGAUUCGCAAAGAGAAAAGAUAUCCCGAUCACCCUGAUGUUAAUAAAUACAGCCUUCUAUUAACGCCGGCGCCAUCUUUCUUGCAACGGAUAUCGUUAGCCGGUGAAUUCUUAAAUAAAAAACAAUUAGAGCUG